AAUUAAACAACAAUUAAAUACGUGAGCUACGUGAGUUUUGAAACACAAACACAUGACAAUAUAUUUGUUAUAAGUGAUUGAGAAACUAGAUCCUACAAAGUAUUUUUAUUUUAUUUGUAUGGAAAUAAAAGCAUAAUGUCUAAGGACACUGUUAUAAAGAUUGAUGAUUUUAAAAGUGGCAAUGGGGAUGCACAAAGGACUGAAGCCAAUAUACUUUGUCUAGACAUAUCUCCUUAUAGUCAGUUAGUUCAAUUUACUUGCUGUUCUGCAUUUUUAUUUGUAUGCUAUUUAGCAUACGGCUAUUUCCUAGAACUUAUAUUCUCGGGCAGUGAGGUUAAACCUGUCAGUUUAUAUAUUACUCUAGUACAAUUUAUUAUAACAGCAUGUUUAAGUUACAUAGAAUCACUCAUAAGGCUUUCUACAAAAAGAAAAGUACCCUUGCGGACAUAUGCAAUAUUAGCAGCUCUGACAUUAGGCACAAUGUCAUUCUCAAAUUUAGCACUCAGCUAUUUGAACUAUCCAACACAGCUGAUAUUUAAAAGCUGCAAGCUGAUACCGGUGAUGAUUGGCAGUAUUAUUAUAUUAGGAAAAAGAUACAAUUUCUUGGACUACUCUGCUGCUAUAAUUAUGUGUAUUGGACUUACUAUGUUUACUCUAGCUGACUCAAAAACAUCACCAAAUUUUGACUUUGUUGGUGUUAUAGUGAUAUCCUUAGCAUUGCUCUGUGAUGCUAUCAUUGGUAAUGUACAGGAGAAAGCUAUGAAACAAUUCCAAGCAUCGAAUAACGAAGUUGUCUUCUAUUCAUAUGCUAUCGCUUGCAUUUACCUGAUAGUAAUUACUGCAUUUAGCGGUAUACUGACUGAUGGAUUUGUAUACUGUGCUCAGAAACCCAUGACAAUGUAUACAAACAUAUUCCUGCUCAGCGUAAGCGGGUACAUGGGGUUGCAAGCUGUGCUGACGUUAGUGAGGUUAUGUGGAGCGACCGUUGCAGUCACUGUCACAACCAUGAGAAAAGCCCUCUCUAUUGUCAUAUCGUUCUUGUUGUUUAGUAAACCAUUCGUUUUCCAAUAUGCAUGGUCAGGAAUGCUAGUUGUUUUGGCAAUAUAUUUAAAUCAUUAUAGUAAAAAACAUCCAAGAUAUGUACCAGGACCAAUCCUAAAAUGUUGGCAUUUCAUGCAAUCCUUCUACCAAAAUGAGUAUUCUUACUUGAGGAUAAGAAGUAAAAUGUAUGCAGAUACCGUCUAAAAAGAAAGUGAUAUUUACCUAUUUCAUUAUAGUCAUUCUUAAGCAAUAAAAUAAUACAAAUAAUAA